GAGCUCGAGAGGGGCGGGACUUAUGCCGUAACACAGACACGUGUACAGGAAAGCAGGAAGUGAAGCGGCUCAGUUGGUGCCUGUAAACACACAGGCGUCAUGCUUCCAGGCUUCAGUCCUGUGGUUCAGGCCCUGCUGGGGACCCUGUUCACCUGGGGUCUCACUGCAGCUGGAGCCGCGCUGGUCUUCGUCUUCUCCAGCAGACAGAAGCGGAUCUUGGACGGCAGUCUGGGAUUUGCAGCAGGGGUCAUGCUGGCGGCCUCCUAUUGGUCCCUGCUGGCUCCUGCUAUUGAGAUGGCAGAGGAAUCUGGGAAAUAUGGGGACUUUGCGUUCCUCCCUGUUGCUGUGGGUUUUACACUUGGAGCUCUGUUUGUUUACAUUGCAGACCUGAUGAUGCCUGCUCUGGGUGUCGGGACGGACCCUCAUAUGGCUCUGGCUCUGCAACCUGAUGCCAAACUGACCAAAGAGAAGAAGAAGAACUCUAUGGCUGGCCUGUGUGAGGAGGACGAGGACGAGCUGUCCAUCAGGAUAGGUAGAGCAGGAGUUCACUCAGAUAAAGUCGAGAAUGGAGAGGUGUACCAAAGACGCAGGGCUCUCAACACCGGCCAUACAGAGGAACAGGAAGUGAAUACUAAACCACAGGAACAGAUGAGCCAAUCAGGAAGCAGCUGGCGGCGAAUUGUUCUGCUGAUCCUGGCCAUCACCAUACACAACAUUCCCGAGGGUUUGGCUGUUGGCGUGGGCUUUGGAGCAGUUGGAAAAACUCCAUCAGCUACGUUUGAAAGUGCCAGAAAUUUGGCCAUAGGCAUUGGCAUUCAGAAUUUUCCAGAAGGCCUUGCAGUGAGUCUCCCAUUGCGGGGUUCUGGGAUGUCCACAUGGCGAUCCUUUUGGUACGGACAGCUGAGCGGGAUGGUCGAGCCUCUGGCUGGGUUGUUAGGGGCCGUUGCCGUGGUGCUGGCGGAGCCGUUGCUACCGUACGCUCUCGCCUUCGCUGCAGGAGCCAUGGUGUAUGUGGUGGUCGAUGACAUAAUUCCUGAAGCUCAAGUCAGUGGGAAUGGUAAGCUGGCCUCGUGGACGUCCAUUCUAGGCUUCGUCGUGAUGAUGUCAUUGGAUGUGGGCCUUGGCUGAGCCUUUUCAUUGGUUGAAACUUUAAAUGUCACCUGACUGCACUGAAAGAAGUGACCAAAGCAGCCUUUUCUUGGUGUAUACUGUAGGUUUAUUAUCCAAUGGAAUAUUUUUCUACGUAUUUUAUGUAAUUUUUAUUUGUUUUAUGAAUGACUCACGGACCACAUUCGUUUAGAAGACAAAAAGGAUUGAUUGCAAAAUACUUGAAUAAUUAUUAAAACUUGAAUGAUUGAUAUAAGGGGUUGUUUAGGGUGUGUGUGUAUUUCUGUGUACAUAAGAGCUUCCCAUCAGUAAUAUAAGGACCGUAAGCUCUCAGUAUAGCCAUGUUUCAUUUGAAUGAAAAGCGAUGAUAUCUCUUGAGUUUUGAGGAAUCCAAUGUUUUUUAGCUAGCCUUUCCUGUCAGCCAGUCACUUUCAAGUGAUUAAAUUAAAUGUUUAAUUAAAAGUUUUCAUUUUAUGGCUUUUUUUUGUUUGUAUUGCUGUUAAUUAUAUAUUAUAUGCAACACAAGUAUGAAUAGUAAGGUAAUAUGCAACACGUGUGAAUGGUGAUUACACGUUACACUGUGCAACUCGUUUGUGUUCAUUUGUGUGUGAAAUACAUUGAACAUUUUCAUUUUGUUGCUUAAAUGAGGAGAAAGAAGUAAUAAACUGAUUGUUCACUUUCUUGCACAGA